GCAAUCGUUUUUCUUAACUUUCUUGUUUCAGUAAGGAUUCACACCCUAACUUCAGAAGUUUUACUAAAAGAAGAGAAAUCUCUAUCUGAAAUUGUGGCUUCCCCAAAGAUUAACAUUGAAGAAAGCCUGCAGCAUCUUCACUAUAUAUUGGAAUUUCUCACUGGCUUACCGGUUGGACAGUAUUUUCUGUCACAUCAGAAAGGAGAGAAAAUAAUGACUUUGUACAAAGCUCAUGACACAACUCACAGAGGAGCCUUUGAUCUACACACUACGAUCAACCAGAAGUUGUCAACUUUAGAUGAUUAUCAAGAAGGUAACAAAGGAGAACUUCGCUGGCUUCCUCUCGAUCCUGAAGUGAUUCUUCCUGAAUUUCAACAGCAGAAAAGAAUUCCUGUUACUUUUCCACCAAAACCAACUUCAGUAUAUCAGAUGCGUUCCGUUCAGAAGAAAAAGACCAAGGCAUUAUUUAAGAAGUCGCGCUGAGACGGACGGAGUUUUCGGGUGUGAAAAUAGUUUACAGUAAUUUAUUUCGGGUGUCAAAAUAAAAUUUCGAACUUCAAGAUGUUCCAAAAAUGCCCAUUAAAACUUUGUUUAUAUAUUUUUUCUCUGGUUAACUAAAGAUUUAGAUUUAACACCUUGAAAUACAAAAUAUAACUUGUACGUCAUAAUUUUUGUAAAAGUUCUCGAGAGAAAGAUUAUACAGUACACCCUCAAACUGCACGAAUAGUCUUGCUGGGAACUAAUGUUGAUAACAGUAUUUGAAACUAUCAGUAUGUGAAACCGUAUCUGAUAGACAUUGUAAAGUAAAUAAAGAAUUUCCUGUAAGAGGAACAUAAGACGGCA